AUUCACAAAGAAAAAGCUUUCAGCUCCAGUUGAUGGGAUUAAAAUUUCCCUUCCCCCACCCAAAUUCUAAGGACAGGAUUUUUAAGGACCUUUUAGGAUACAAUGGAUGGAAACUGAUCAAAGAGAGAUUCGAGGAAUCGAAAAGGACCUGCUGCCAUGGAAUCACUGAAAACAUCUUCCAAACACCUUGAUGGAGAUUGGACAAGUGUGUGUUUCCACCUCCUGUCGCUAGAUGGCGGUCAGGCAACAUCUGUGCCUAGAGAGUCUUCUAUACCAUGCUUGCGCCUAAAAAAAGGAGUUUUAAACCAUUGCUAGAAAGGAUAGGAGGAGAGAAGCGCAGAGGAACUUCCUCUUCCGGAUGACUCAUGGGAAGAAGGAGGUGUGCAUGGCGGCUCGUCUGCUCUUCCCAUGCUCGAAGGAGUAGCUGGAAGACACAGAAGAUGGCAAUAGGAGCACUCUGGACACUGAGGAUAACAAGCAACAUUGAAAAGAAAAACAAAUCAGUCCGGAAAUAAAAAUAUUUUCCAUUUCCUUCAGAGAGCCACACAAUUCUCCAACUUCCUCAGCAGCAAAAGAGGGAAAUAUCUGGAAGUUACUGGGGAGGAAAAGGAGAAUUGGAAAACCACGUAGAGCAGACAGUGUGAAAGGCAUUGCUCUGGGAGGAAGAAAACAGCUUGAAACAAAACACCACCAAACAAGGGACCAUCCAUAUUUUUGAUCUCUUCAGGAAUAUGAGUUGUGGAAAAGCUCCAUAGACGUGCCAGUUGUGGGAAAGAUACAACUUACAAAUCACAGUUGAUUAUGCAUGAGAAGAUCCAGACUGGAGAAAAGCCAUACAAAUACUUUGAAUGUAGCAAAACCUUUGGUCACAACAGCUCCGUUUUGUUUCAUGGAAGGACCCACACAGGACAGAAGCCCUUAAAGUGCUCCCAAUGCGAUAAAUGCUUUAGCAAGUAUGGCAACGUGGACUCACACCAAGGAAAAACUGUUUGAAUGUCCUGAAUGCGGGAAAUGUUUCUGUGAUAAAUCCAGCCUGGUUACACACCUGAGGACUCACACAGGAGAGAAACCCUUUGCUUGUCAUGAUUGUGGGAAAUGUUUCUGCGAUAAUUCACACCUGGUUACACAUCAGAGAACUCACACAGGAGAGAAACCGUUUGAAUGUCCUGAUUGUGGGAAAUGUUUUAGUCAAAGAGGCAUCCUGGUGAGACACCAGAGGACUCACACAGGAGAGAAACCGUUUGAAUGUCCUGAUUGUGGGAAAAGUUUUAGUCAUCAUUCCAGCCUGGUGACACACCAAAGGACUCACACAGGAGAGAAACCCUUUGAGUGUCCUGAUUGUGGGAAAAGUUUUAGUCACAAUGCCACCCUGGUGAAACACCAGAGGACUCACACAGGAGAGAAACCGUUUGAAUGUCCUGAUUGUGGGAAAAGUUUUAGUCGGAUCUCCAGCCUAGUGACACACCAAAGGACUCACACAGGAGAGAAACCCUUUGAGUGUCCUGAUUGUUGUAAAAGUUUUAGUCACUAUUCCAGCAUGGUAACACACCAAAGGACUCACACAGGAGAGAAACCCUUUAAAUGUCCUGAUUGUAGAAAAAGUUUUAGUCAGCAUUCCAACCUGGUGACACACCAGAGAACUCACACAGGAGAGAAACCCUUUGAGUGUCCUGAUUGUGGUAAAUGUUUUAGUGACAAUUCCAGCCUGGUAAAACACCGGAGGACUCACACAGGAGAGAAACCCUUUAAAUGUCCUGAUUGUGGAAAAAGUUUUAGUCAGCAUUCCAGCCUGGUGACACACCAAGGGACUCACACAGGAGAGAAACCCUUUGAGUGUCCUGAUUGUGAUAAAUGUUUUAGUGACAAUUCCAGCCUGGUGAAACACCGGAGGACUCACACAGGAGAGAAACCCUUUAAAUGUCCUGAUUGUGGAAAAAGUUUUAGUCAGCAUUCCAACCUGGUGACACACCAGAGAACUCACACAGGAGAGAAACCCUUUGAGUGUCCUGAUUGUGGUAAAUGUUUUAGUGACAAUUCCAGCCUGGUGAAACACCGGAGGAUUCACACAGGAGAGAAACCCUUUAAAUGUCCUGAUUGUGGAAAAAGUUUUAGUCAGCAUUCCAGCCUGGUGACACACCAAGGGACUCACACAGGAGAGAAACCCUUUGAGUGUCCUGAUUGUGGUAAAUGUUUUAGUGACAAUUCCAACCUGGUGAAACACCGGAGGACUCACACAGGAGAGAAACCCUUUAAAUGUCCUGAUUGUGGAAAAAGUUUUAGUCAGCAUUCCAACCUGGUGACACACCAGAGAACUCACACAGGAGAGAAACCCUUUAAGUGUCCUGAUUGUGGUAAAUGUUUUAGUGACAAUUCCAGCCUGGUGAAACACCGGAGGACUCACACAGGAGAGAAACCCUUUAAAUGUCCUGAUUGUGGAAAAAGUUUUAGUCAGCAUUCCAGCCUGGUGACACACCAAGGGACUCACACAGGAGAGAAACCCUUUAAAUGUCCUGAUUGUGGGAAAGGUUUCAGUACCAAUUCCAGCCUGGUGACACACCAAAGGACUCACACAGGAGAGAAACCCUUUGAAUGUCCUGAUUGCGAGUAA